AUGGAGACAGAGCAGCAGCAGCAGCAGCAGCAGCAGCAGCAGCAGCAGCAGCAGCAGCAGCAGCAGCAGCAGCAGCAGCAGCAGCAGCAGCAGCAGCAGCAGCAGCAGCAGCAGCAGCAGCAGCAGCAGCAGCAGCAGCAGCAGCAGCAGCAGCAGCAGCAGCAGCAGCAGCAGCAGCAGCAGCAGCAGCAGCAGCAGCAGCAGCAGCAGCAGCAGCAGCAGCAGCAGCCGCAGCAGCAGCAGCAGCAGCAGCAGCAGCAGCAGCAGCAGCAGCAGCAGCAGCAGCAGCAGCAGCAGCAGCAGCAGCAGCAGCAGCAGCAGCAGCAGCAGCAGCAGCAGCAGCAGCAGCAGCAGCAGCACUCCGCCUCAACUACUGCUUGGCGCACACUCUCCCUCGAUCUCUCCACCACUACGCCAUCGCUACAAUCUCUUUAG